AUGGGCUUGAAAAAGUGGCUCAGUCUCUCAACGUCGCAAGCGCCCGAACGUCCCGUCAAAGGCGACACAACCGUCGUAUCCACGUUUGCUCCUUCCCAGUCGCACUCCAAGGCCCAGCAGCGACAACAGCAGGAGACGCAUCGCCGUCACACGACGUGGGAAUCCCAGCAAGGACAACGUCAGACGUCCAACCACCCGUCAACUCGCAGCAGUAUCGUGCCUCAAUCUCGUCCUGACAAGUUUACACCCACGGGCUUUUGGGAGCGAGAGCAUCGCGUCUCCCGCACGUCAAUGCACGUGCCGAAUCCCGACAACGACACCAUGUGCUCGAUGAAAACAGCUCUGGAGUCUCCACUAGCGGAGCAGCUUUUGGAAGAGAAUUCGGACGUGUCUAUUGGAGCAGAUGAUGAUGAUGAUGAUGAUCGGGACGGUUCGUCCAUGGCAAAUGUCGUGUCGGUUGCUCAGUCAACGCGGUCAUGGAAGAAGGUCUUGGGUCAAGCUGCAAAGCUCGACGUGGGUCUAAAAACCAUGAAGACUCGAGUGGGCGAGGAUGGAGCUGCAGGGUGGAAGGGUACGAAAGCUCGCUGCAAUGAGGUAUCGUUGCAGUCUCGCGAGAAGGAAAAGACGGGAGUGGUGAUGCAAGGAUGGCUGGAAAAGUGCGGGCAGCAGUUCAAGACGUGGAAGUGGCGGUUCUUCGUGCUGCGGAAAGACGGCGUGCUGGCGUAUUAUACGGACGAGACGCUCAGGAAAAUGAAAGGAGCUAUUGAUGUGAGCUAUGGGUCCGAUGCCGACGUGUCGGUGCAGUCCAAUUCCAUGGACAAAGCGUUUGUGUUUCUCAUUGCUACGUCCCAGCGGCAUCUCAUGAUCUCGGCGCCGUCACAGCCGAUGAUGAAAAAGUGGAUUGCCCGACUCCAUGCUGCUGGAGCAGUUCCGACGGAUUCAUGGGAUCCGCUGAACAAGACGGUGAAGUUUUACGUGCAUGAUACGAAGGUCAACCACGAAUGGAAGCACUACGAUGACCCUACAUCGCAUAUUCACAUGGAAGGCUUGUUGCUCAAGAGAGGGCAUGUCAACAAGAACUGGAGAAACCGCUUCUUUCGGAUUGAAAAGGGUGAGUUGAGGUAUUACACGGAGAACCAGAGCGUGCUGAAGGGGUCGGUGCCGCUGAACGACACGAUUGUUAGUCCUGGUAUGGCGCAGUGCCCUGAUGGACGGACCUACUACUUCGUGUUGACGUCCAAGGACGGCACGUUUGAGAUGCACUUGAAUGCACGUGAUGAAAACUCGAUGCAUUUAUGGAUUGAAGCGUUGCAAGAAGCGCAGACAGCACUAGGCAGGAUGGAAGGUACGAGAGAUACCGUGGCUGGCUUAUCUCUCGUGCUGAAGCGCGCAGAGGAGAUCCCUCUCGGCAAGAUUAGUGUGCUCUUUCGACGACCGGAAGAUAUCACUAUCGAGAUGCAGAAACGCACGGAGGCUCUCAUUGUGGCAUCUAGUCCGGACAAUUGCGCGAUCGCUGUGGGUUGCCAGCUGAUUUCGAUCGAGGGCCAUAGCGUCCUUCGAAGCACGUAUGCGGAGGCUCGCAAGAGCUUGCGUUCGUCCUCGUUCCCGCUUCAGCUGGAAUUCCUUCUGCCGCCGUUUAAGCGUGGUGUGUUGAUUAAGAAGUCUCGCUCUGGCUUUGAGAACUGGAAGAAGCGUGUGGUCAUUGUGGCAAACGGUGAAAUCCGCUACUACAAGCAAGUGUUGUCAGAGAGCGACAGCAAGAAGGCCCCGGCCGAACUCAAGCACCGCAAGUCUUUUUCGCUAUAUGGCUGCUACCUGAACUUAGUGCAGAUGCCAGGACGCGAGAUGUGUAUUGUGGUGGCGCGUUCGCCCUCGGACAAGCUAGUAUUGGAAACUCGCACGGAGGAAGAACGCAUAGAUUGGGCCAGUGUUAUCUACUGCAGCAUCCGCAUGGUCUCGCAGGGCAUCACAUCGGGUCUGAUUGAGAAUCUACAGCUGGAAAAGCCGCGACGGUCAUCAAAGCGCGCGACGACUGAUGUCAAGGGCAAGUUCGAGGAUCGCGCCCAACACAAGUUCUAG